UCUUUACCUCCUUCCUGAUAUGGCUUGAGAAGCGAUAUGUUGGGUCCCGUCACACGUCGGAAUGGUUCAACACUGCAGGCAGAAAUGUUAAAACAGGACUUAUUGCUAGUGUGAUUGUAUCUCAGUGGACUUGGGCUGCAACAAUCCUACAAAGUUCCAAUGUUGCCUGGGAGUAUGGAAUUAGUGGUCCUUUCUGGUAUGCAAGUGGGGCUACUAUCCAGGUGCUCUUGUUUGGUGUCAUGGCUAUAGAGAUCAAAAGAAAAGCUCCUCAUGCUCACACUGUUUGUGAGAUUGUUAAAGCUAGAUGGGGGACUGCUGCUCAUCUUGUCUUUCUUGCUUUCUGCUUCUUGACAAACAUUAUUGUAACUGCCAUGCUUCUUCUUGGUGGUUCUGUGGUUGUGAAUGCACUCACUGGAGCCACCUUCUUGGCAAGUUAUGUACACUCUGUAAUAGUUCAUGUGGUUCUAGUCAUCUUUGUGUACCUAGUGUACACAGCAAGCAGUGAGCUUGGCAGCCCAAGCAUCUUAUACCAUCGCCUAUUGGAGGUUGCAAGCAAAUCAAGAAGCUGUCAGGAGCCACUCUCCAAUGUUGGGCAAUCUUGUGGUCCAGUUAGUGGGAACCAAAAAGGGUCUUACCUAACAAUGCUGAGUUCUGGUGGACUAGUUUUUGGGAUCAUCAACAUAGUUGGAAAUUUUGGUACAGUUUUUGUUGACAAUGGAUAUUGGGUAAGUGCCAUUGCUGCAAGACCAUCAUCGACUCAUAAGGGCUACUUGUUAGGUGGGCUGGUAUGGUUUGCUGUUCCAUUUUCUUUGGCAACUGCACUUGGUCUAGGAGCACUAGCCCUAGAUUUACCUAUAACUGCAAGUGAGGCAAGCCAUGGACUUGUUCCUGCGGCUACAGCUAUUGCUUUGAUGGGGAAAGGAGGAUCUGUUCUUCUUCUCACCAUGAUUUUUAUGGCUGUGACAUCUGCUGGUUCAUCUGAGCUAAUUGCAGUCUCUUCAUUAUGCACAUAUGACAUCUAUCGUACGUAUAUAAAUCCAGAUGCAACUGGAAAGCAAAUACUGAAAGUGUCAAGGGCUGUUGUGCUCGCCUUUGGAUGUUUCAUGGGAAUUUUGGCAGUAAUACUGAACAAGGCUGGAGUUUCUCUUGGUUGGAUGUAUCUUGCCAUGGGUGUAUUCAUUGGCUCAGCAGUUCUUCCCAUAGCUUUUAUGCUUCUAUGGCGAAACGCAAACGCAAUAGGCGCCAUUCUUGGGACAAUUAUCGGUUGCAUUCUUGGGAUUAUCACUUGGUUGUCAGUUGCAAGUGUUGAGUAUGGCAGGGUAAAUCUUGACACAACUGGCCGAAAUGCACCGAUGCUUGCUGGAAACCUUGUUUCGAUACUUACUGGUGGUGCCAUUCAUGUUAUUUGUAGUUUGUUGUGGCCUCAAGACUAUGACUGGGUUACCACUAAGCAGAUAACUGUGGUUGAGAAGGAAAACAGUGAAUUGCCAGCUGAAGAGUUCAGGGAGGAAAAGCUGGAGAGAGCAAAAGCUUGGAUAAUGAAAUGGGGUGUUGGUUUUACUGUUGUGAUUGUUAUAUUGUGGCCUCUGCUUACACUUCCUGCAGGACAAUUCAGUAAAGGGUACUUCACAUUCUGGGCCAUCAUAGCUAUAGCAUGGGGCACCAUUGGAUCAGCCGUGAUUAUCGCGUUACCAUUGAUAGAAAGCUGGAAGACAAUCCAAACUGUUCUUCUUGGCAUGUUUACCAAUGACAGGCUCAUGGAAAAGCUGCACACGAUAAUGCUGGCAGUGUCCGAAGCAGAGAGAAUAUACUUACUUGAGAAAGAGAAGGCCAAGAAAAAAGAAGCAUCAGAGAGAGUCCUUCACUCUGCUGCUGCUUAA